GAUGUUACUGAGCCUGUCUGUCUGGUCUGGUUUUGUGUUUGUGCAAGUAAGGGGACGUGUUUAGUUCGUAACAAAGAACCUGAACCUCCCGUGCAUUUGUAAGCGCCUGCUGAAAUGUGACCGUUUUUACACGUAUUUGCACUUACUCAGGUAUUUAUAUUUGUUUAUGCAAGAAUUGUUGUAUCCGAGGCACGGCGCGGUGGUGGAAGCUCAGCUGUACUGGAGCUAAAAGCAGAUUGUUUGGUUAGCUCCAUUCUACUUUGGUUUCAAACGUGUACUCUGGACUGGAGAACAUGUCCACCGAGUGCCAGGCGAGCAAUGCUACGGCCAUCCCGUCGAUCAGAAGGGUGGCCAUCCACGAUGCCGAGCACAUGCCCCAAGAUUACUCCACUACUCCCGGCGGCACCCUUUUCAGCACCACUCCGGGUGGUACCAGAAUUAUCUAUGACCGAAAGUUCCUGCUGGGGUGUCGCAGCUCUCCACUGGCCAAGACCCCUCCGCGCCUUCCAGACAUUCCCGGUGUGACAAGUCCUCCCUCCGCAGGAACCAAUGACAAGAAGGCCAGCGAUGGAGAACGACUAAACAACAGUGGUGCAGCUCCAAACAACACCAGUGUUGAUGACGCACAGUUUGAAAUGGACAUCUGAGUGGACCAAGUGUCGCGCGAAACGUACCAAGAUCCUGUGAAAAGAACCUCAGUACUACCAUCUUGUCCAAAAGGCUGUUUCCAUUCUGUUUUCACCACCCAGAAUGAAUGUGAUUGCCUUAAGGCUCAAAGCAAGUGUGCCUUACUCCAAGUUGAAAAUGUACACUUAGCAACUUGCCUGUUAGCGUACUGUGUAAACUGAGACAAUCAGAAUUGAAGAGACCAAUCACUAAUUAUCUCCACAAACUGUUAUGAAAUUUCUCCAGAUAUCAUUUGUAAUGUAUAAACAAGUUAAUUUCCUAAAAGAGUACCAUUUUGAUUCUGAUCCGUAAGUUUGUGAGAGUCACAACAUUAAAGAAGAUACAAUAAGAGAAAA